UUUGACUAAAUUCACUUCGGAAACUUAGAAUCAAUCACCUGUAAAAAUUACUCUAAAUAUUUGAAAUGCAUUUCUUUUGUGGUUGCUAUAAAAGAAAAUGUUUUUAAUGCAGCAUAAGCAAUAACCAUUCAACUUCGUAAAACAUGAUCUCCAAGUGCAUUUUCGUUCUUGUCUUCAGUGUCAUCUCUAUGACGUAUGCUCAUGGUCAUUUCCCAGUGGAAGAGCACCACGCACCCAAGCCUUACAAAUUUGGAUACAGCAUUAAAGACAAGCAUGGUGAACAACAUAGGGAAGAAUCGGGAACAGGAGGGCACGUGACUGGCAGCUACGGAUUUACCGAUGCUCGAGGUGUUAAAAGACAAGUGAACUACGUAGCCGACAAAGCCGGAUUCAGAGCCCAAGUCAAGACUAACGAACCCGGAACCGCAAACCAAAACCCAGCCGCAGUACUCCUCGUCUCCGAUGCUCCUUACACCGGUGGUGAAGGAUACUUGGGUGUACCUGCAGCAGCUGCUGGAUAUGGAUAUGGAGGUUUAGGAUAUGGCGGUGGAUAUGGAGGAGCUUAUGGAGGUCUUGGUUACGGUGGAGCUUAUGGAGGUCUUGGUUAUGGUGGAGCUUAUGGAGGUCUUGGUUAUGGUGGAGCUUAUGGAGGACUCGGUUUAGGAAUUUUAGGUGGUUUGGGAUAUGCUAGAUAUGGAUAUUAACUAAAUUAGUGUUUUAUUGAAAUAAUUUAUAUUUAUGUUUGUAACUAUUUUGUUCCACUACAACAUAAUAAAUUGUGCCUCUUCUGAAAUUUAAGUUUUUACUGUCUUGCAUUAUCAUAUGUUUGUGAUUUUUCUUCAAUUCUAGAAUCAUUUUUAGAGCUUCCUACUUUCUCCUUCUUUUUGAAUUUCGCGUUGCAUUGCUUUAUAUGCUUUAACAAUUUGCAUGUUCUACUUAUUUGGGUAUUGAAUUUUCUUUUCAAAAUCUGCUUCUAUUGCAUUCAUUUCUAAUUCCAGGGAAUUAAAUUGCUUAAAAUCACCCUUGUUUUUUUUAUAUAUUUUUGUUAUGUUUAUUUAUUAUGUUAUUUUGCAUGUAUUUAUUCUUUGAAUGUUCUUUUUUCCCCCUUUGAAUUCUUAGAAUGCUUUUAUCUUUUCUUAUUUCUCACUUAUUUAUUUCUUAAUAUCUCCUAUAUUUAAUACUAUUCUUCGCGCAAUUUUAUUUCUUGCGAUGUAUAUUUUUGGUGAUAUUUGGUUUUCUCACCUUUUAGCAUGUUAUUCAAUAAAAUGUUUCUUUUUUUGCAUGCAGUAUUUAUAUGUUUUACUUGUCUUAAACUUCUUCAGUCUUUCUGCUCUUCUAUGCAUGCCCAAGAUAUUUUUCUAUUUUUUACCAUAUUUUUAGGUUUUCUAGUAUUUUUCAAUAUUUUAUUCUUUUGUAUGUAUUUGUGGAAUAUUUUAGCUACUUCCUAUUUUUUUCUCACAUCAUUUCAAUUUUACUUUGCAAGCAAGCUUAUUAAAAAUUUUUCCUGUUAACUCUUUAUGCAAGAUAGUAAAUUCGUUGUCAUGUUUUUGUGUUUAAUUGCUUUGUUAUUCUCAGCUAUACGUUGUAUUUGCUUCAAAUUUAGUUUUGUAUAUCUUUAAAUCUCUGCCAGCCUUCCUCGUAUUUUAAUUCACAAUGUUUUAAAUAUUUCCCAUUUUAUGUAAGUUAUGUGCAAUUUGUCUAUAAAUGUUUGCAAAUUUGAAUAAAAAAAUAACCAAGCAA